AGCACUAAAGGCAUCAAAGACAGACGUCUGAGUCUGAACUAGAUUUUGUUCUCACUACUCUCCGGUCAGACAUGGAGCUCGCCGCCACCAACUUUCUGUCAUCGGUUGAUCCAGGUUUCCACCAUUCUCCAUCUUCCUGCCACAGCAUGAUCGUUUGCACCUACGAUCAUCCCAGAGUCCCACUGGAACAGUCUGGACCAAACAGGGCUCAGCCAGGUGUGGGUUUGGCUUCUCCCAGACGUGCCAAGGACGCACCGACUCAUGACGCCCAAGGCAACCAGGUCAUCUGCAUCCCCUCGCUGAAGACAAAACAGGUGCUGAGGAGUCCAAAUGGGACCGUUCUGGAUGCCUCUGGACUCUUGGAACAGAAAAAAGCAGCCCGUUUAAAGACGGACAACAAAAAGCCACCAAACUCCUUUAUGCUGUUCAUGAGGGAGAACAGGUCCAGGGUGGCAGCUGAGAUGAAGAUCAGCAACGGCUCUGUAGUGUGUAAAGCUCUGGGACAGAUGUGGUGGUCUCUGACUGCCCAGCAGAAGGAGGAGUACUACCAGCGAGCCCUGCUUGAGAGAAGACUGCAUGAACAGCAACACCUAGACUGCCCCAGGGUCGAACACGCGAUUAAGAAGAGAAGAAGAAGGAGCACAAAAGCACAAGAGCAGGACUGCCAGCCCCCCCGAGGUCGAUCCUGUCUUGACAGCUUUGUAGCCGAUUUUUACCCUGGAUCUAUCACUGCUGAGUUGCCAGACUUAAGCAAACUCUAUGGACCCGACUUCAUGGAGGAAUUUAGCAAUUUAGAGGGGACCGGUUUCUCGGCCAGGGGAAUUCAUAUUUAGUCACCUUUUUAUUCUUUGUUUUUGUGCUGACAAGUCCUUGUGGAAACAUCUGCCUUCCGCGCCAUUUUCUUGCCAACAAUGGAUCCCAGCGACGUGGUGCAGGAGAGACAUCCAUCAUAAGAGCAGCUCCUGAAAACAAGAGAGGCACAUUUCAUCAUCUGGAGUACAAUACAGUUGGCUUCACCAAACUUUGUUGUGCAUCUGUGUGUGGCAGAGAAAUGCAUAUGAAGCUGUAAUCAAACCAGUGGACUUGUGAACCAGUCCCCUACAAACUCCAGGGGAAAACACUGACAAUGAGGGAGAUAAACAUUGUGAGGUUGUGCUCCAUAGAGCUUAACCUUACACUAACAGUAGACUAACCUUUGGCUGCCUCCUUUCCUUAUGGAUGGAUGCCUGUCUGUGGUGUCCACUUCAACAUCAAUGCCCUCAUUAAAGUAAAAGAUUUCUUUUUUGCUCGUUGCUUUUCUAAACUGAAAAAAAUAAUGUCAAUUUUGUUCUCCUUCCUCAAGCCAUUUAGUCCAUGAUCUAACAAAUGCGCCCUUCGCUCUACAAAAAUGUAGACAGAUUAUCAAGAGGUUAUUUAGUGAGU